AUGUUGCGUGAAGUGAAUUAUAAAGAUGAAUGCCGUGACGGUCCGUGUGGCCCUCAUGAAGCCUGCAUAAACACAUUCGGAGGUUUCCACUGCAAAUGUUUGAAGGGAUUUCACCGGAUAUCAAACCAGCUGGAAAAUAGGACGGUGUCCUUCUGCAUAGAAAUAAACGAGUGUGACUCUAGUCCUUGUGGGCCCAUGGCUACCUGUCACAACACUGAGGGCAGUUUCUACUGCUCCUGCAAUAAAGGAUUUGACGGUGAUUGUAAAUUAGCCAACUCCUCGAAGUUGUGCUGCAGAGAUAAGGACGAGUGUGAGUCUGAACCGUGUGGAGAUAACGCAGUCUGUCACAACACAGUUGGGAGCUUCUACUGCAAGUGUGUUAAAGGGUUUUACACUGCGGAACACAGGUUCACCGACCCCAAGGAGUCUCAAUGUAAAGAUAAAGAUGAAUGCCGUAACGGUCCGUGUGGCCCUCAUGAAGCCUGCAUAAACACAUUCGGAGGUUUCCACUGCAAUUGUUUGAAGGGAUUUCACCGGAUAUCAAACCAGCUGGAAAAUAGGACGGUGUCCUUCUGCAUAGAUAAGGACGAGUGUGAGUCUGAACCGUGUGGAGAUAACGCAGUCUGUCACAACACAGUUGGGAGCUUCUACUGCAAGUGUGUUAAAGGGUUUUACACUGCGGAACACAGGUUCACCGACCCCAAGGAGUCUCAAUGUAAAGACUAUGAUGAGUGCUACACCAGCCCACCCAUCUGCGGCAGCAAUGCCUCCUGCUACAACACAGAGGGGAGCUUCCACUGCCUCUGUGACAAGGGGUUCGCCCAACUGUCCGGCAAGAGGAACUUCACUGGCUACGGGGGCCGGUGCAAGGAUGUUAACGAGUGUCGAUUGAACCCAUGUGGCCCCAAUGCCAGCUGCAAUAACACGGUGGGCAGUUAUACCUGUGUCUGCAAUCUCGGAUACAUUUCAUCAUCAGGGGGGAGCAGACUGAAUCCUGGUGAUGUCUGUGUCAGUGUGCACGUCAGGAAGCCGGCUUAAUGUUUUAUUUAAGAGUACAGGCACACCCCAAGGCUGUGUUCUCUCACCCUGGCUAUUCUCCCUUUACACAAACCAGCUCACAUCCCACCACAGCUCCGUCAACCUGUACAAGUACGCGGACGACUCAACCAUCAUUGGAUU